CCCCAGCAGGUGUAUCAUGGAGCUGGCCUUGCCCGCCAUCCUGUUUAUCCUCUUUCCUGGAGCCCUUUUGGGGAGCGAGAACACCACAGCCGACUCCUACAGCCCAUCUCCUAGGACAGACAGGAGUAGAAUUAACCUGGAUUUAGUAUGUGGACGUCCCAGGCCAUCGGGCCGCAUCGUGUCAGGGCAGGAUGCCCAGCUGGGCCAGUGGCCUUGGCAGGUCAGCGUGAGGGAACAUCAGGAGCACGUGUGUGGGGGCUCCCUGAUUGCCGAGGACUGGGUGCUGACCGCUGCCCACUGCUUCAGCCAGGACCAGUCCCUGUCUGCCUACACAGUACUGUUGGGUACCAUCUCCUCCUACCCUGGGAUCAACGAGCCAAAGGAGCUGAGAGCUGUGGCCCAGUGUAUCAAGCACCCGAGCUAUUCAGCAGACGAGCAUACUAGUGGAGACAUUGCCCUGGUGCAGUUGGCUUCAUCCAUCCCCUUCAACAACUACAUCCUUCCGGUCUGCCUCCCGAAACCUGGAGACUCCCUGGAUCCUGACACCUUGUGCUGGGUCACUGGCUGGGGGCAUAUUGGCACAAAUCAACCACUCCCACCACCCUUCACCCUGAAGGAGUUGCAGGUACCGCUUAUUGAUGCCCAGACCUGCAAUGCCUACUAUGAGGAGAACUCCAUUUCCAGCGUGGGGCCCGCCAUCUUUGAAGACAUGCUGUGUGCUGGCUUCGAGGAAGGCAAGAAGGAUGCAUGUAACGGUGAUUCUGGAGGUCCCCUGGUCUGUGAAGUUAAUGGUGUCUGGAUCCAGGCAGGGGUGGUGAGCUGGGGAUCCGACUGUGCUCUGCCCAAGAGGCCAGGUGUUUACACCAACGUCAGCUUCUACAUCUCAUGGAUUGAGAGCACCAUGAGGAAUUUAGCCACGGAAGGAAAAAGUUUCUCUCCCAGCCUUUCAGGGACCCUGCUUCCUGGCCUGCUACCAUUCCUGGCGUUCCUCUUCCUGGGACCCUAA